AGCGUACCUAAUUUCUUCAAUCUAUUAUGGCCGGAUUAUAUAAUACAGUAAUAGGUUAGCCGGCAAGAUGGUUUUCCUCAGCUUCUUGGUUGUCAUUUAUUCUCACUUUCGUGGUAGCAAGAAAAGCCUCCUUAGAUUCCAUAUCCCUUUGCCGUAGCUUUUUGAUUGCUUCUGUGUACACGUGACACAGUGGAAUGGCACUCAAAAGCAGUUCCUACCAAACUUCUGCAACGCCAAUUUCAUUGUUUGCUCACUUGGUCUUCAUAGCAAUCUUCGUUCUUGUGCUGGUUUGGCUUCUCAAAUUCAGGGAAGGGCUUUCCUUCACAUCAGAUAACAAGCCGAAGCUUUUCAAUCUGCACCCCUUGUUUAUGGUCAUUGGCUUUGUCUUAAUCUCAGGACAAGCAAUCAUGACAUACAAGACUUUCCCAGCAACGAGAAAGAGACAGAAAUUGAUUCACAUGACUUUGAAUUUCAUUGCUCUUCUUGCUGCCAUCGUGGGAUUGUAUGCAGUUUUUCAGUACCAUCAUGACCUUGGAAUCCCGCAUGUGUAUACCUUGCACUCUUGGUUUGGCAUUUCUACUGCCAGCUUAUUUUUUUUGCAGUGGCUGUUUGGCUUCUUUACCUUUGGGGUCCGAGCCAGAGACUCCACAACUAGAGCAAAUUUAGCACCAUGGCAUGUCCUGCUUGGCAUGGUUAUAUUUUCCAUGGCAAUAUUGAGUGCUGUGACCGGCUUGAUUGAGAAAUUCACCUUCAUGAGCUUAAGAAGGGGGCAAGAAGCAUUGAUUGUCAACUUCACUGGCCUCCUCAUCUUCCUUUUUGGAGUAUCUGUUGGCUGCACUGUUCUUCUUCCAAGAAGUUAUUAAAGAUGGUAGUCAUUGGAAAAUGUUCUUGUCUUUGGUUAUAUAUAUAUAUAUAGUUUGGCCCAAUAUUGCAGUUAGACUAAAACAUGUUUAAUCUUUUAUUUGUUCACUUGGAUCGCUCUAGCUAGAGUAAUGAUUCCCAUGUUUGUUACAAGUGUUCUUGAGUAUUUGAAUAGUUUAUUUGGUCAAAUAGUUCUUUUGAAACCUGCAUUUUAUGCAUGAGAUCUGUGACAUUGGCGUGUGAACUUUUUGGGACUAUUGGAGCUGGAAAAUGGCCAUCA